AUGAGUGGCCCUCUCAUUUUACUCAGCUUCGUCAAGCUAUCAGUCGCCACAAACUCGACACUGAACGCUCUAGAAGGCUGGCAGUUCGACGAUAACUCCCGCACAAGCUGGGAUAUCUUCUGGACCUGUCUUUCCACAAUCCUUGCUUGUACGUGGACAGCGCUGCACGUGUCAGUGCCAUCAAGGAAGCAGUCUAAAGUAUCAACCAAUGUUAUAAAGGUCGCGGCAUGGAUUGCAGCUAUUCUUGCUCCAGAGCUUAUGGCCGGGGUGGCAGCCGAGGAGCUAUGGACGACGAGGUCGCUAGUCGCUCGUUGUAACGCCGCCUUACGCAAGUCUUUUGCGGAGAAAGAAAGAGGCGACAGCGAGAAGAGACUAGAGGAAAAGACUUCUCUGCAGACUAUUCCUGGUCAUUGGUCCAUGAUACAUGGCUUCUGUCUGAACAUGCAUGGAGUACUGAUAGAGAGCAAAGACGGCUGGACCUACCCAGUCCAAAAGAACAACAUAGUCCCCUUCAUCGAGGCCGGCAUAGUAAAGUCCUAUCAUUUGCGAGCUGACGACAUUAAAGAUCGAGCCAAGGCUGACUCCCUUGCAAAGGCAGUUACUCUGCUGCAAAGCUUAUGGGUCACGAUCAACGUCAUUGCAAGAGCAGGCUAUCGCCUGCCCAUCUCGCCACUGGAAAUAUCAACAGUUGCUUAUGUCGCCUGUGCAUUUCUCACAUAUGCAGCUUGGUUGCAUAAACCUAAAGAUAUGACGACGCACAUUAUCAUAUUCUUGCCGUAUAGCAAGGAUGGUUCGGAUAUGCCGCCAGACAUCAAAAUUGCGCUGGAUAAAGGCUUUGGGUCAUGGAACGCUCCUUUAAGAGAGGAUUCUGCUGUUGCUAGAGGCUCAUUCUCAUGGCGUACUGUUUUAAGCUUCUUGGCUUUGAUCUUCACGCACGAUGGAAGACAACUCUUUAGAUCAUCAUGGGAAAAGAAUAGCAGAAAAAUUUCUUGGGAUGAUGACCCACCUUCUGGAGAUGCUCCUACCCAACAGGAUGAGGAGAAUCCUCAACCGUCGACGUCGGUCAUUGAGACGGAAAGCAACGAUAUGGAAAAUACUGAACAUGAAAAUCCUAAUGCGAGAGAUCCAUAUGAAAAGCUGGUAAUCAAGGACUGGUUUGCCAUCACUCAUAUCUACAUGUUUAUGGGCCUAGUAUUUUCUGGAAUCCAUAUCGCAGCUUGGAACUCAGAGUUUCCCACAAAAGCCGAACAAACCGUCUGGCGAGUUUUCUCACUCUGUUCGUUUGCAGUGAUAUGGCCAUUAUACCUAAUACACAUGUGGACAUUCUACCGUCUCUACCGUGCAGCAGGCGACAUGAAUGCCUAUAUCGAUUAUUCGAACUGGACGACUCUUCGAAUGCUGGUUUUGUGGUGUGGGUGGUUUUGGGUGUACUCUAUUACGCGCUGGGGAGAUCUCAUCCUUAUGUUCAUUUCUUUGAGGGCUUUGCCUGUUGGAUCUUAUAUUACGAUCGAUUGGAUGUCGACUAUUCCUCAUAUUUAG